AUGUAUUCUGUGCGAGUAAUAGACACAAGGUUCUGGCAAGAGUCACCUCUGUUCCUGCGUUCUCUCCCACGGGGCAGCCUGCUGCAUGGACCGGCUGUCUGGAGCGUCAGGGAGAGACUCUCACUCAACGCCCUCACACACAUCCUGGAACAGCAGGAUGGAUGCAAUACACUGCCACUUCUCUGGAAGUUCCUACAGAGGGAGCCAGAGCUGCGGUUGGUUAGGUACCUGCCAGACAUCCUCAUGCUGCAGAGGGAUCUAGUCAAGAAGUUCCAGAACUCUCCAGACCUCACCGUGGGGACAAUCAGACAGUUCCUGCAGGGGCAGGCAACGGGUGGGUCUGAAUGGUACAAGAGGCACAUCGAUAUCUUCUUGAGGACAUGGAACCAGCUUCGCCAGUCUCUAGCAAACAAUGGUACUGAGAUAAGGUUGCUGCCUGACUACUGUGAGCGAGACCUGGACAUGGAGAGCUCACUAGAGGUGCUGGUGCCUCGUAGGCAGGGACUGGGACUAUGCUCCACAGCACUGGUCAGCUAUCUGAUUCGACUACACAACGACAUGGUGUAUGCCAUGGACAAGCACACUGGGGAGGACACCAGGUACACAGUGAGCACAGCAGAUCUGUGUGAGCUGCAUGUGAUCCACUACGAUGUGGAGAGAGACAUACUGCCCCUGGUGCUGUCUCACUGCCAAUACAGUGUGGAGCGCGGAGGGAAGGGAGCUCUGGCUGAGUACGACCUGCCCAAGAUACAGCAGCAGCUGCUCACUGGCUUCCUGCAGGGCAAACCCCGCAUCACACUUCAUGGAAUUCCAACGCUUGUCAACAGACAUGACAUUUUCAAGGAUGUGAGAGCAAAAGUUCAACAGGAGCCGUUACCCUCCCUGACAGUGUCCUCGAUGACGGGGUUACUAGGGGACUUCAGCGAGGUGUGUGAGGCCCUGGAGGCUGUGGAACUCUCGCUCGGUUUCCUAGCAACCACCCCCGCCGACCCUCACAUGCAGCUGGGCACCUACCUACAGGACACACUGUAUGUAUGUGUGCCUGCACACACACUCAAGGCCCUGAGCAGGUGCAGUCUGAAGCAUGCUGUGGCUCUAUGGCAGCUCCUCUCCUCACUCAAGUCAGAGGGCAUGCUACACCUCAAGAGGGACCCAUUUGUGGGCGUCUCUGAUGAGUACAAGCAGCCAUUGGGUGAGGAGCAACGCAAACAGUUGAUUGGCUUUCUGGUUAAGGGCGGGGCCAGAGGCUUUACACUGGAGAUGCACGAGUUCCUGCAGCUGAAAUUGAAGGGCCUCAGAGAUGAAGACAUCUUCAGGCCAGACUGGGGGCUGAGGGAUGACACCUUGUUGCCAUACAUCGAGGAGAAGGGCAUGGACCCUUCCCCUGACGUAGAGCAGUUCUUCCCAGAGUCCAUCCUGCUGUCCAUCCUGCUGUCCCAGAUUGUGGAAGCCUGGAGAGUGUGUGUGGAGUACCAAAAGGAACGCAACUACAAAUGA